AUGGCGCCCCGUGGAAGAACCGAACAUAUCAGCGAGAAUGCUGCUCGCGGCUACUCUUCAUCGCCAGAUCCUCUUGCCUUGUCUAUACAUGAAAACACGAUAGCAUCAACACGAAAACCACAACACGCACCGCGUGCACGAUCACGAACAAGCUCGCCGAGUAAACAGAAUCGCAGACCGAGCAUGCCCGAAUUUGAGAUAUCUUCACCGGCCAAGUCCAUGGUCAUGAACACACCAAGAAUGGGCGGCGCCAGCCCAUGGCGUAUCAAAGUCACAGUACAGGCUGAGCCUGAAAGUGACGGCGAGAACACCAUGUCGCCCACAGUGAAGAAGGUCACACAUACAAAGACCACAACGAUACCCUUGAAAGAUCACGAUGCGCCCUCACCACUGAAGCGUGGGCGAGGUCGACCCAAGAAGGCAGAUGCAGCUGGCAGCACACCAGCGAAGACAAAGCGAAAGGGCACACCAGUAAAAAGGGCGGCGAUAUCAAAGUCACGGAAUGCAAAUGUAGGGCCGGCGGGGUCGAGUGCGGCAGAUAUCGAUACCGAUGUACCGCCCAAGAGUAAACGAAACCGCCCAAGGAAGGUCGUUCAGCCAGCGACAGAGGACGAGGAGGCGCUGGUAGCCGAUGUACAGGAAGAUGAAGGCGCAAAUCAAGUUGAUGCGACACCCUUGCCUACCGAGCAACCACGAACAGUAGCCUCUCAUCUCGACACGCCACAAGAGACCGAAACGUCGAAACGACUGCACGCACGCAAAGGCACGCCACAUGCAACAAACCCACUAGCGAUCGAAAUCUCAUCAGAUGAGGAGUCAGAUGGAGCCAGCGAUGUCCUCACACCAGCUACUGGAGACGAGGACGAGGCCAGGGAUGAGCAAGUAUCUGUGCACAACCCAACACAAGCCACGGCGAAAGAUGAGGCGGACAUGGACUACGAGGAGCCUUUGCAACAUGAAGUCGAUGACGACGAUGAUGAGGUGGAAGUAGAUAACUUCGCAUUCGACGAAGGAACAACGAGGAUGCCGGACGACUCGACAAUUAUUGAUAGUGAGGGCUUCAGCAUCAUCUCGGUCGACUCGCUGCCUACUAGAUCUAGCCCGCCUAAAGCAGGCGAGAACACGAAUGCCCCGGUCCCGAGUAUUGCUUCGGUCAUGAACCGCGAUUAUCUGGACCCCGCUGCAGUCAGACAACCAGGUCGCGAGCAGGGCGUAGCUUCUAAGUCGUCCCCAAGACCUUCGCGGCUAGUUUCAGUCUCAAAUCGUGUCCAGUCUUCGCCCGCCCUCGCGCAGCCGCGGCACAUAACACCAGCCGUUGACAACGAGGCUCCGUCAGCACCACCCAGUAUUGAGCCUGCUCGUGCUGCUCCUGCCAAUAUCGAAACGCCUAAGAUGGGGCGAGCCUUGACAGCAGGCGUUGCUCUGCAAGGAGUCUUGGAUCCUGCCCGCUUCACACCAGACGCUUCUCAGGAGUUGGCAGCCGAUCGACAUGGAUCUCUGGAUGACCUUUUCCGGGGUUUCAGCGAGAAUUCACGAAAGCAAUUACAGGAUGGGCUUCGUCUAGGCGAACAGCUUGCGCAAAGUCAGGCUGCGAAUGAACCGUCACCGUCUCUCCCGAAACCCAACACAGCACGCACAGAAGCCGCACCAAAGGAGCGGCCCAUCAGGACACAACGGAAAUGGAGGACACGCCUUCUCACACCUGAAGAUGAGCAGAAUAGCGAGCCCGCGGUACCUGUUGCUGAAGAAGCUGAGGUUCAAUAUCCCACAUCGGCCGUUGAAGAGCAAGUAAACCCGUUGCCCAGCCCAACAAGGAGCGAAGACGAAGGCGAAAUGAGUUUUCAGGUCGACAGCAUCGUAGCCAGCGUGAUGGAAGAGGAGGCUGAAGAACCCAAGACUACGGCAGACAAGCAGAAAGGGACUGGCUCUGCGCACAAAGACUGUUCAGACAUUUGGCAAGAGGAGGGCAGCCGAGCCUCCGAUUCUCCAGAGUCUGCUUCGACCGAAGACGCAUCCUCAUCACAGGAGCCAGAUCUGUUCAUCGAAAGCGUGGCCAGCAGACCUGGUCGUGGCAGGUUCCAGCGUCGAAACACACGACAACAACAGAGCCCUUCCUCCAUUCAGCCGAAUCAGCCGGCUCCUACCAGCACCCAUAAGGGCAAAGCAAAGAUUGUAGAGGAAGAAACUAGGCAGACCGAAUCUGAGGAGCGAGACGAUAGCACGGCGAGCGAAGGUAGUGAUGAUACAGGCAUGUUCUUCCAAUCGAAUAUGCCCGCAGUCUACGGCAAGAAGCGUCGUGACCGGAGACAGCCAAAGGGCGACAAACUGGAUCUAUCAUUGUUGUUGCAUGAAGGCGAGAGUUUGCAACCAGAGACAUCGCCCGAAAAGCAGGCAGCUCCUGCACAACCCAACCCCUUCCUCGACACCCCGCCUCGCUUUGCUGGGUUCCCAUGCUCACCAAAGAAGAGCAGUCCUCUCCGUCGCGAGCUUCGUGGUUCGGACAUUACUACGCCCAGCCGCUUACACGAUGAGUCGACACUGCCUCUUGCUCAAAGCUCGCCAUUCCACUCACGCAUCGAGGGAGACAGCAUGCUCUCUACAGCAUCCGACCAGCGUCAAAUCCUUGCUGAGAUGGAAGGCGCGGACGUAACUAGCAACAGCAUUCGCGUCUUACGUGAUGAGGCUGAUGAGUAUCUUGAUGCCUAUACGCCUCAAGAACGGUCAUUGAACGAGAUCGAGGAGGUUACCGAGUACAGCAGGACGCUGCAAGCUGAUUCGAGUAUCAUGCCAUCGAGCCCACCUCAAGCUAGGCGGAAUUUCUUACAGCACGCUGCGUCCUCAUCAUACACGCCGAGUUCUGCGGCUAAAGAGCCUCAGUCUGAUAAUGGCUCAGAAGCCACACCGACUCCACUUGCUCGAGACGCAGCACCGCAACACGACGCAAUCGUCGAGUCCUCCUUCGUAAGCAUCAGCUCAGCCGGUCGCUCUGAUGGUCUUCGUGCAGCAGCACAACUCCAACGCGAGUCCUCCGCCGGCGCCAGAUCUUCGCCACCAACCCGCGCUCAUCCCGUCCUGUCCAAAUUCUGUCCUCUCCCACGCAUCGAGCCGUGGACAAAGACACAUUACAAGACCCUCGACAAGCUACACGCCGCACAUCUAAAGCACCCAGCACUCUUCUGCUCCCUAACAGUUCCGCCCACAACAUUAUCUCGCGCGAAUGCAGCUUUACUCGCCUCGUUUGCAGCUACGACGGAGAAGAACUACGUCGGCGCUCAGGUAUCAGCUUGGGGAUACACCUUCACGAUGACACCUGAGCUCAUCUUGCUGUGUGAAGUGUUCAUGCAUCUCCUUACUUUGAGCUCUAUUGAGGACUAUGAAAGAUUGAGUGGGAGGGAAAUCGAGAUGGGCGAUGUUGGCCCCGGUAGAAACGGGGACAAGAUCUGCAGGGAAGAGGUCAUGAGAAGAUUAUGUACGGUGGUAUUGGGCGAAUACGUUAGAGCGGAUGAGAAGAAGGGGUUCAAGGUCAAGAAGACUGGGGCUUUAAGGAUUAUUGGUGCGGGCGGUGAAGUGCUCUGAAGAUCUAU